GCGGAUUCAGCGAUUGUCGCGCGCUGAAAACGUAUUCGUUCUUCUUACUUUCCUCAGACAAUCGUUUCUCCAUUUCGCAUUUUUCUUCUCUUUAGCUCCAUAACUUUACAUUCUUCUUUAAAAUGUACUGACAAGGUGAAUUAUGCCACGAUCUUCGGCGAUGAGUGACUCAGAAGAUAGUAAUAUUGUGGAUGAAAUAAAAGAUUUAGAAAAUGUAUUGGCAACAAUACCGGCGAAUCUUAAAUCCUCAGAAAAAUCACCGAUCGAAACAAUCCAUGAGUUUCCUCAAGUCGAUGAAAGUUUUGAAGAGUCGAAAACCCCCAAAGAUUUAACGAUUGAUAAACUUACAGCCGCUUUGAAUUUAAACAAACAAAUGAUCGAAGAAUUAAUGAAUACAAAGAAUGAGGUGAGUGCAAUUUUAGAGGAUUGUGAAGAACAGUUGCAAAUGAUAGAUCAAAAAAUAAAAAAGUAUGUUAAACAUUGGACGAACAAUUCGAAAAUUAACAUCUCUACAGCUGGCAUGCCUUAUUUUAAAGAUAAGAAUUUCUUUGCCGCUCCUAAAAAUCAUGAUGCAAAACUUAAAGCAGCUCGUGGAGAAUUGCAAAUAGCAAAUUUCCAGAAAGCUUGUAUAUGGACAAUUAAAGAUAGAAAAGUUGUAUUAAACACUGUAUAUGAUGAAGUUAUGAUGUCUGUAUUAGAAAAUUCCAAAAAUAAAGGAAUACAAGAGUCAGAGAUAGACAAUAUUAUUUCAUCUGAAGAUACAUUUAAAAGAAUGUUAAAAGCAAGAAACGUAGAUGAGAUGAUUGGUCCACUUGGGGAAAAGAAAUUUGACUGGCUUAAAAUUGCAGCCAUGAAUGUUGAUGGCAGACAUUCUGCAGAUGAAUGUUCCGUUAUGUGGAACAUUCUUUUACAUCCUGACAUUAAUAAGAGCAAAUGGACACGUACAGAAGAAUCAAGAUUAAAGAAAAUUGCAAAAUUUUACAAAUGCGAAGAUUGGGAUAAUAUAGCAAAAAAACUGAAUACUAAGCGUAGUGGAUAUCAAUGUUUUGUUAAAUAUACUUCUAUGGGAAAUCUAUUGAAGCUAACAGAACGAACAUGGACAAUGAAAGAAGAUGAAAGAUUAUGUGAUAUUGUUGCAAAAUGUAGAAUAGGUAAUUUUGUACCUUGGGCUGAAGUUAUGAGUUAUAUAAAUUUUAGACCUAAGCAACAAAUCUAUUUUCGAUGGAUGUUUAAAUUAGCACCACACUUGAAGAAAGGACGAUUUACUAAAGCAGAAUCUGAAACUUUAUUGCAAGGUGUUCACAAAUUCGGUACAAAUUUUUCUCUAAUCGCUGCACAAUUAAUGCCUGAUAGAACUUCGAUACAAUUAAAUGAUCAUUAUCAAACAUUAACGUCAAAAGGCUCUACUCAUCAUUGGACGCUUCAUGCUGAUAUGAAACUUAUUGAUUUAUAUAAGAAAAUAGGUCCAGAUUGGUCUAAAAUAGCAAAAAAUUUUAAACAUAAAAAUAGAACACAAUUGAGACAUCGAUAUACUGCUUUAUAUAAAUAUGCAUCAAAAGGUUUAUCAAUAUUUGAAAUUCCUAGAUCUAAAAAUGAAAAUUUUUCAAAAAUGGAAGAUACUGAGUUUAGUGAUAAAGAAUAUUGUAUUGAUGUUAUAGAGAAUGAUAUUGAUGACAAACUAGAUGAAUUAUUAGUAGAACAUUUUCAGAAUUUAGAUACUAUUGAAUCUUCUCAAAAUGAAAACUUUUAUUAUGAUUCUCAAAAACUUUAUAGAGACACAAGAGAAUUAUAUUCUAUCCUAGAAAGUUUACAAGUGGAUCUCCAUAUUCCAGAUAAUUUUGAUUAUCUCCCAUUAAUAGAAAUAGAUAAACAAUUGUUAUAUUCCUUGAAAACAUUCAUUAAGUCUAGGUUUGAAAAACAAAAUUGUAGUAAAGAAGUAGAAGCUUUCAAAUUAAAAAUGUUUGGUUCACAGAAUAAUGAAGAACAAAAAGAUCAUUUUAUACCACCGCUUCCUUUUGGAGCUUAUGCAGAUAUUAAAAAUCAUAAACAAACAGAGAAUAUAGAUUAUGUUUCUGAUACUGAUAAAAAAUUUGUUGUUGAUGUAAAUAUGGAAUUUAACACACCUGAAUCAAUAAUUCAUCUUAUAGGUGGCUUAGAAGAACAUAUACAAUUCAAUAAAAUUUCUACUUUAUACUGUAUUAAGAAGGAUAAAUGUGAACAGCAAGGGAUUAUUAAUAUAAACAAAAAAUCUAAUCUUCAUAAAAAUAAUGAUUUCCCUAGUUCUGAAAUAGAUGAAUCUUAUAGCCUAAAUGUAGAUAAUCAAUUAAAAUUCACACAACCAAAGAAUUAUAUUAAUAAAAAUAAUUAUUUAGUAUAUAAAGUAAAUACAACGGUUUAUGAAUCUUUUGGUGAAUCCUCCUUUUGGGUAUCACCUAUGGAUCAUAAAAAAGAAUUAGUUAAUGUAUUAGGCGUAACAAUUAAACCAAAUUAUAUAACUUUAUCAACUUAUAGGAAUUUAAUUACAUUAAAGAAUAUAUAUGAUAUUGAAAAUAUAUCUAAUAAUGCUCAAUCGAAUUAUAAAGAUAUUGAAAAAGGAUACAAAUCAGAAAAAGCAUAUGAACUAUUAAAAAGACGUCUUAUACAAUUAUUUAAAUAUCCCAUAUGUAUGUCUUAUUUAUCAAUAGAAGAAAUGAGCAAUACAACAAGAUCAUCUUUAGAGGAAUGUAAAAAUGUAGUAUGUAAUAAAAGAAAAGCAGUACAAAAAAAUAGAUUUAGAACAAAAAGAGUUAAAGAAAAAUCUCCAGAAAAAUUUAUUUGUGAUGGUGGUACAAAUAUGCCAAGCAUCGCUUGAAAAAUCUGGAGACUUUUAAGCUUAUGAUAUAAAAUCAUGGUUUUAUCAAAUGAUUUUAAUUUAUAAUGAUAGUAUUUCUAUUUUAAUUAAGUAUUAGGGAAAAUUAAACAAAAUUCUAGAUGUAUUUUUAUGCACAAACAUGAGUUUCUUAUAUUCUUGACAUCAUAAAAAAAAUUAAACAAAUUUUUCUAAAUUAAUUUUUCUAGAUAUAAUUAUGUGUAUAUUCUAAACGGUUAGAUUUAUGUAUUGAUUUUUUAUUUGUACUAAAAAUGAAUUUAUUUAUAAUAAGAACUUAAAAUAAUUGUGGUUCUAAAAUGUUGGAUAUUUCAAAAACUAAAAAAUUCAUAUACGUAUAAAUAAACGUAUAUGUAGUGGAAAUUGUAAAAACUCUGCAAAAAUAUUUAAAAUAGUAUUAUUUAUCAAUGUGAACUUAAUCGAUCGUGCCUAUUACGAAAAAAUGAAGUCAAGCCCCUUGAUCACACUGAAAUGAUGGUUUUAACAUAGAUCUAUAAAUAUAUGUACAUCUUAUAUUAAAAAUGUUAUAUUGUAUAUAAAUUUUUCAAUCGAAUGAACUGUAUACUUAAAUUUAUAUACAUUUUAUAAACAAAA